UCCCCUGUCCAGCGUUCUGCGUUUAUGUGUUAUCUUUUUACAGUUUUGGAUUUGCGAAUGUAGCACUUGGCCUUUUACCUUCCCCCGUUACCGAUAUUUCACUUCGUUCAUGUCUUUCUCAUCUAUCCAAUAUCCAUUUCUUUGUUCAUGUCAUUUUCAUUUCACCUUUGCAUUUUCCUUUUCUUUUCUUUUUAUUUCCCCGGUUUUUCUUUUGUGUUCCAUCUGUCACUUUAUUUUCAUCAUUGGGCAGUUGGUUCUUCUUAUUCCUUGGGAUGAUGUACUUACAGCUGCCACCAUCACCUUUGGAAAAGGUAACACCUCCUCUACCUCGAUUGAGCCCUCUUUCAAUAGGUUUUUUGUCUCUCUGGAUGUCCCCGGCCGAUUGACUGACCGAGAGAUUUUUAUUCUACGGCAAUCUGAAGAUUACGAUUGUCUGGCUUGAGCCAAAUCUGACAGAGCUGAUGCUCGUCCUCUUUUGAAACUGGUUUGAUGGCAUGUCUAUAAGAUGUGUCUCCGGUCUCCAGUACGAUACACGACUUUUCGAAAGAUGAUUACCGAUGACUUUCGUCUGGGUUUGUUUUGAGUAUGAAACUGGUUUUCUUCUUUCUUCUUUUUCUUUUUC